AUGUCUGUCCAGAAACGCGCACCGGCACGCACGCAAGGAUCCAGGAUCAGACGUCAGAACCACUCUUGCGACCAGUGCAGGAGAUCCAAGCGAGCGUGCGAUGCACAAUGGCCGAGUCAAACCCGACGAGCGUCAUUCGACAAUGUUGACAGCCGGCGGUCGCCAUGCUCCUAUUGCGCCAAAACAAACAAGCGCUGUACCAUGGAGUGGGCCCAGUCAAAGGUCCAGUCUGUGCUGAACUCGCUCAGCCAGCAACCCAAUUCCGAGUGCUUGAGUGGAGAGCCUCUUGUCCCUCCAUUUGAGGCUGAUGAGUCCUACCUCGAGGCGGGAUCUGGGACGUGGGAUGAUCUGCUCAGAUCAAAUCCCGCUCACGAGAUGAUGGCCUGGGAGCCCGCCAGGCUCGAUCUCCCUGGCUCGUUGACGACUUGUGAUCGAGUGCUGCACAAUCCUAUGCUCAGCGAUAGCGAGGCAGCUCAGGAGGCGCAGACAGAGGUGCCUGCCACAUUUACCUCUGCCCACUCGCUGUCCGAUUUCCUGCCAUCAGAGCUCUCCGAUGCCUCAGAUAUCUCAACUCAGCAGCUCUCGGACCUCGAAUUUGAUCCGAUGUGCCAUCAGAUAUGGCCAGCCUCCCGGGCUUCUCAAACGUCUCAGGCGUACAGCAACCUGCAAUCCACCUCAUCAAAAAGCCCUUGGCAACUGGAAGAAUCUGCACAGUUGUUUUCCAACAAACAAUGCUCCCGCUGGAGCGUCACCCAAUAUUCGCUCUCCCCCUUUUCAAUCGAUCAACAACUGAUCUCCACUACCAACCACCAAUUGACUUCCGCUAACUUGCUUCAAAUCUAUCAUGAUGUACUAGAGCACAAUCUAUCGUGCUGGUUGACUGAGAUGACCUGUCCCUAUCUACCAAGAUCACGAAGCCCCGCAAAAGUCGUGCCCGAAUGGGGUUCAUCCUGGUCCAACAGGAUAUACCAGCGCACAAUAAAACUCGAUCGCGUUGCACAAUCUUGCCAGCUUCUACGUCUGACACGUUCGGAAGAUCGGGCUGCAUCCAAGGCCCUGCACCUUGCGAUCAUGGCGUUUGCUACGCAGUGGGCACAGGGUAGUCAUCGUCAGCGCGAGAAAUAUUCCCAUAGAUCUCUCAAUCAUGCCGGUGAUGAAAUUGCAGAUGGUAUCACAGGCGAAUUCGACCAGAUUCUCCGGAACUACUUUUGGGACCAGGCGCAUCACGCACUAGAGCAAGUCUCCGAAGUUGAGUCAUACAGAGUGGCUUGUGCCGAACUGAUCUUCGGCCUAACACAAAGACCAUGCAAUGCCGACAACCAGUCCCUUGAACCUCAGAUAGAAGCGCGAUACCGCAAAUUUGCCAUUGACUCGGUCAUGUCACAGGUGCGUGAUAUAAUACGUAGGGAAGGGCCACCGAGAUACAUGGAGAGCGCAGCUCGAAAGAUGCACGCAUUGAAGUAUCGCUGCGAUGCAUAUGAAAAGGGUCUCGGCAAGCAGCGCGGCAGCCGAGAGAAGGACGCCCAUGGCAUUGCAGCUAUGAGCUCCGAGGAUCGAGCGACAAUCGGCCUGCUCUACUGGCUGGCCAUCAUGUUCGACACUAUCUCCUCGUCCAUGAACGAACGUCCAGUUGUUGUCGUGGAUGAGGAGUGUGAGCACGAAGCGCAAAAGGAGAAGCAGAAGAUCGCCAAAAUGGACCAAGCUCUCGUGCGAGGCCGCUGGAAUCUUGAACUUCUCAUACAAGGAAGCGUCGACAAUACGCACCAAACACACUGGCCCUGUUCCUACGAGGCCGCGGCCGAGGACGUCAUUAAGUCCGCGCCGGUCAAAGUCCUCAUCUUCCGCCACCUGUCGUACCUACAAAACGCUGUUCGCAAGGGCUCUCACGAAGGGCAUAUUGAAGACAUUAUCUCCAGUACAAUGUCACUGUAUCAUUACUGGAACAAGACUCACGGUGCCUUCUUUGGGGAACUCGUGCAGAACUACAGUGCGGUUCCGCAGCGCAUACAGGGCUGGUUUGUCUGUAUCUCUGCACACUGGCACCUUGCUGCCCUGUUGCUUGCAGAUCUCCUGGACUUCAUCGACGAGAAUGCCCUGGGGAUGGAAGACGCGACCUGCAACCGGAGGACCAGUCAAAUGGCCUGGAGGAUUCGGAAGCAUAGUGCAAGGGAGCUAUCAGACCUGGCACGAGUUGCUACGCCGCCUGACGGCGAUAUCAACUUGGGCGUGCCGCAAAUGCCAGACUUUCACCACGCUGUCAACGAAGGGACGCUGCUGACCGAGCCAUGGACCAUGCUUCUGAUCAGGGCGUUUACCACGGCUUCCACGGUUCUUCUUGGUGAAGCUGAUGAAACCUUGCGCUACGACGAGUCUACUCUUGGACACAAUAGUCAUGAUUUUGAACGCAUUAUGGAGCGGGCCGAGGACUGUGUAAAAGGGCUGUGGCUUUUGGGUAAAAAGUCGGACAUGGCACGAAUGAUAGCUGACACGCUUUCACUCGCGCUGGGAAGUUUAAGGAAUGAUGUCUUCGUGCAGUAUAGUCUGAAGGGCUGUGUUAGGGGUGACACCAUCGGAGGUCUUAUUCUGCUUGGAAAGACUUUUUAA